AAAACCCUAAUUUACACAAACUAAAUCCACCGUUCUCUCUUUCUAACAAUUUCCUCUCUUGUCUCGGAGACUCGGACUCGGGGUCUCUAGUCUUUUUAAAUAUUAAAUUAAAUAAUAAAUACUACAAAUUAGAACUCCCCUUUUUCUUUUACCCUCCAUCUCAAAUUUUGGAAUUUCCACAACAAAACAAUUUCCUUCGAUUUUCCCGGAAUCCAUUUUCCCAGGUCUCUUUGUAAGCAGAAUCAAUCUUUGCAAGAUAGUUGCUAAUUUUUUUCUGAGAACUAAGUGACACGACAAGAUGGAGGACUGGGAGGAUGACCAAAGUCCAGCUAUCCCUACAAAGGAGCAGCCUAAAAAUAAAUGGGACGAUGAAGACGUGGAUGAUGAUGAUGUAAAGGAAUCAUGGGAGGAUGAAGAUGAACCUACACCAGCACCUGAAACUAAACCUCCAGUUGAAAAGGCUCCAAAGAAACCCACAGUGAAAGCAACUGAAAAGAAAGGAAAAACUGUUGUAGUACAGGAAGAGCCACUAGAUCCUGUAGCUGAGAAACUUCGCCAACAAAGGCUGGUGGAAGAAGCAGAUUAUAAAUCUACCAAAGAACUUUUUGGUGAGAGAGGAGAUGAGAAGACUCUUGAUAAUUUUAUUCCCAAAUCAGAAAGUGAUUUCUUGGAAUAUGCAGAGCUCAUAUCACAUAAACUGCGUCCAUUUGAGAAAAGUUUCCAUUAUAUUUCUUUACUUAAGGCUGUAAUGAGACUGUCAAUGACUGCUUUGAAAGCAGCAGAUGCAAAAGAUGUUGCAUCUUCUGUCACGGCAAUUGCAAAUGAAAAGCUAAAAGCAGAGAAGGAAGCAAAUGCUGGUAAAAAGAAGACAGGCUCUAAGAAAAAGCAGCUCCUUGUAGACAAGCCAGACGAUGAUUUGGUUGUGAAUGGCUAUGAUGCUCUUGAUGACUAUGAUUUCAUGUGAAUGUUUCGUUCUUGUCAGGAAUGGGGUUCUGCUUUUAAAACAGUGGAGGGAUAAGAUCCUUCAUCAUCCCUUCCACAGAUAUUCAUGAGUGUUAUUGCUGUAUCUGUUUAAUAAGAGAAUGUGUCUGAUUGCCUUCUAUUUUUUAUGGUCAAUUUUGUUAGUUUUGGACUAUAUUUGUCUGCAUAUACUAUAUGUUUGUGCUUUGCCUGAGUCAUUGAAAAUCUUGCGACUCUGUUGAAAGUAAAAUUACUAUUUAUUGAGAUUUUA